AUGUCAGUUUGUGGCCUUCCUCUUGGCGUCAAAGGUGACAUCCCCAUGAGUCACACACUCAUACCGCUGGAGAAUCCUUCCUGGGAUCCGCGCGACCAAGACUUUCAAAUCUGCUCUGGCAAUUGGCCAGGUGCUGAAGAGGCCCCUGAGUUGCUUGAAGAGUUAAUUCAGGAGGAGCUUACCGCAGGGUAUUUGGAGCCUGUACCAUCCCUUGAUACUGCCCAGCAGCGCUGGGACCAGGUUGCAGUAGGCAAAGCUAAUGUUGUGCAGGACCUUCGCAAUGCAGUGCCUCUCCGUGGGUGCGGUGAAGAAAUUGGUGGAUUCACUUUGGACAUUGCUGCUGCGCAUAAGACCGUCCGGGUCAGAGAAUCUGAGCGUGGACUUCUCGGCGCCUUCUCUGCGCUAUGGUGGCAGCGGUUAGCUGGGUUCCUGACUCGGGUUGGUCACCGCCUUGUGUGGAUCAGCCAUGUUCUCAUGAUAUAUGUGGAUGACGCUUUGCUGAUCCAGGCUGGCUCGGUGCUUCCGUUUGGCGCCGCGCUGCUCCUGGGGCUUUGUCAGGCUUUCGGCUAUCCUUUGAGUUGGAGGAAAUUGCAGCUUGGGCCCGAGGUUGUAGGGUUGCAGCUGUGUUUCCGUUCACUUGCUUUCCGGCUCCCCAGCAGCAAGAUCGUACGCCUCCUGCAGGCCCUGCGUGAUGUCCUUGAACCGGCCAGCACUACAGUCAAGUCCCUUGAAAAGCUUAUCGGCAUCCUUCACUGGGUUAUGCAGAUGUGCCCACAGCUACGCCCGUGGCUAUGCUUUCUGUACUUCGAUAAAGACCGGCCUCCUGCGACCAACUUUUCUGCCAGCUUGCCAGUGUGGCAAAAAAUGAGCUGCUAUCUAGAUGAUAACAUGGUUUUUCACACUAGGCCGCCGGGUACUAGCAUCUCCGUGGGAGCUGUGCUUCUUGCAGCGCGGCAUCGCGCCCUCAAAUCAAAAAAGGAUCUUGCCAUGGUCAAGUGCACCGGCAAGCGCAUGUGGAUGCGUGUGGCGGACCCGGGCACAAGCGUAGGCUCAGUCCUUCGGAAUUGGCACAGUUUGACAUCGUGUGUUACGAGACGCUGGCGCAAGUUGCACUGGUGCUGUGCUAUGCCAGUGCUUGCCGAGGUGGGCGGUGUCGAGUUCGGUUACCUUACCUUGACAGAUAACUCCGGGGCCGAAUCGGUUGUCAACAAAGUUUUUACUACCGUGGCUCCAUUGUGCUUCUUCGUGCAGAAGCUUGCUACGCAGUCGUGGACACAUGCCAUCACUCUGGAUGCUAGUCACGUGCCAGGGGCCAAGAACGAUGAGGCUGACUGGUUGAGUCGGUGGAACCAAGCAGAUGA